AUAUUAAGAUUUUAGAUUUGUUUUGCAACUAGAUAGUAAAAAGAUAGGGUUAGAGAGAGUGCUAGAGUACAAGACAGGUUGUGUGAUGAUGAGUAGUCAUGCCUCACAACUGUAUUUUCCUCAGUCACAGUGCAGCUCAGAGUUGGAUGAAUGAGUCUUGUGUCUGGCUGCCUGUUCAACACUCAUUAAGUGAUGGAGCUCUGAGUCACCUGGCCUUGUACAAGCAGUUACCUACCAAGCUCACUGCAACUUUUGACCUCCCCAGCCUGAGGUGGAGACAGUCUCUCUUCCUGUUUCUCACCCUUGUAGGAAGUUACAGGUGGGAUGGUCCUCCACAGGUGACUAGCUGCUAGCUAUCGCCACCUCUUUGCCAGGCACGAGCUUCAAACCGCUCUACAGAAAACCAGCGGGUGAUGCCACAGUGGAAUUCAAGAAGUGCAACAUGGCAAGAGGCUGCCUCUGCUGCUUGAAGUACAUGAUGUUCAUUUUCAAUCUCAUCUUCUGGUUAUGUGGCUGUGGGCUGCUCGGCGUGGGCAUCUGGCUCUCCGUGUCUCAGGGCAGCUUCGCCACCUUCUCGCCCUCAUUCCCUUCACUGUCAGCUGCCAACAUGGUCAUCGCCAUCGGCGCCAUUGUCAUGGUAACGGGUUUCCUCAGUUGCCUGGGUGCCAUCAAGGAGAACAAGUGCCUGCUUCUGAGCUUCUUCAUUGUCCUGCUGAUAAUUCUCCUGGCAGAGCUGAUAUUUCUCAUCCUGUUCUUUGUGUACUCAGAUAAGGUGAGUGAGAAUGCUAAGCAAGAUCUGAAGGAUGGGCUGGCUCUCUACAACUCAGAAAACAACAUAGGCCUGCGAAAUGCCUGGAACAUCAUCCAGGCAGAGUGGAAGUGCUGCGGUGUGAUAGCAUACACCGACUGGCAUGAGGCCCUGAAGGAGAAGGUAGUCCCUGACCGCUGCUGCCAGGAGCAUUACCAGAACUGUGGGCGCAACUCCACCAACUUGUUCUGGAACACAGGCUGCUUUGAGAAAGUGGAGGAAUGGCUGGAUGAAAACAAGCACCUGCUGGGAACCAUAGGCAUGGUCAUCUUGGUAGUGCAGCUCCUAGGCAUGGCGUUCUCCAUGACGCUGUUCCACCACAUCCACAGAACGGGCAAGAAGUAUGAUGCUUAACCUUGGAGGAGGGGGGGACUCGAUAGGGAGGAGCCGCACUGCCUGAUGGGAUAAGACUCUGAUUUAAAAACACCCCUGCUUCCCCCCUCAUUUUACAGUCUCUUUAGAGCAUCCUUUGCCUCUCCCCCCAGCUCCCCUCAAGACCUAUUGUACAGAUUCCAGCUGUGUCCCUGAUCUGUUUUGCUCUCUCCCCUCACCAUUCAUUUUGCCAAAGAGUAACACAACUGAAAACGAAGGGACACCUAGUUUUGGCAAGGAAGAGAAUCCCAUUGAUUGUUGCUCUUCUUUUUUUUUUUCUUUUGCUUGGACUAACAAUUUUCUUGAAGGAAGGACAGGCAUUGAUACAAUGAGGACUUUACUAAUGCCCACACACCCACUCUGUGGCAAAGUGAACAUAUAAAACUGACAAUACCCUCCACCUCUCAUGGAGAUUUUUUUCGUCAUGUUGAGUAAACUCAAGCCCCCCUUUUUCCCUUGUAAAUGAAAUACUUCCAACCCGGCAUGCUAGUUUUCUACUUCACAGAUCUACUUUUGUCAUACAUUUUCUUUUUCCCUUUUUUGUGAGUUUAACAUCCAUGAUCCUGUAGAAUGUUCUGCAAGUGGCAAACAGAUCAGUUCAAUGAGCUCUCAGACAUGCUGUGUGUGUGUGUGAGUGUGUUGUGGUGGUGGUGGUUUUGAUGUGACAUUGCUGCAGAGGGGCACAGGCAUGUUGGAAUGGUGUUUAAUAGAGAAUAUGAUAGACGGACAUGGUGUAAGCAGGAAGAACCAUUGGUGGAUUUGUUUUAUAGCAGUAUCCUCUGAAUAAUAAACCAUAAUGCACAAAUCUGCCUGUGAAAACAUGCACCUACUGUACACGUGUUGUGCUGCCACACAGCAGCAGUAUUCCCAUUCCCUGUGAGACAGCAUAACUGUGCAAAGUGGCUGUUUGUUAGGGCCCUACCAGGACUGUCAAGUGUAGAGAUAUGGGUGACGAAGUCCCCUCUUUGAGAUACAGCCUGAAUUGAGUGUGUUUGUUGCUGUGUGGGUGUGUUUUAUCACACUGUCCAAGCUACAAAGGAUAGGAAAAAAAUAGCACACAUAAACCCAGAGAAAAGCAGGGGCAGACAUGUUGACUUGCUGCUGCCAUCAAUUGUGUUAGUGGAGGCGGCUAGAACUUCUAUAUUCAAGAGAUCUUAUCCUUUCACUCUGUGCAACUUACUGUAUUCUCCCUCUCAUUCUGGCUGUCAACUCCCCCUGCCUCCAUCCUUUUUUUUUUACCUCAAAUUUCUUCCCAUGAGUCAAAAAGCAAUGAACUUUUUGCUCUAAACGUACACACGAUAUCUCUGCUGACAUUCCUGCACAAUUACACCUCUGGUAUGCAACUUUGCCAGUUUUACUUAAGCUUCCUUUUCUUGCUGCCAGCAGAGGAGAGGGUGGUGAAAGUGUAGGCAGAUCAAAGCUGAGACAGAUAGGUAUGGCAACAUGCCCUGUAGGACAUGUCUAUUUACUGAUGAUUCGCUACAGGAGCCCCGAGUAUCAGCCUGCCUUCGUAAGGCUGAAAAUUCUCUAUAUCUGUUGUUGUAGACACCCUCAGGGGAGGCUGCUCUAGGUUUCAAAAUGUCUGCAUACACGGUAAAGGUUCAGAAGCAGUUUUUGUCACAUAUCUUGAAAUUUGUCUUUUCAUCCCGAUGGCAAUGAAUGCAUUAAAUGCAUUGACAACAUAAAGAAACAAAUCCAUCAUGUCUGGCAGCAGCAGCAGCAGGGCUGAAAAAAGCCUGACCAAUAAUUUUACUCGGCACGAGCAAAACUGUUGGAUGGCCUACCAGCCUGUCAGCCUACUUCCUACUUGAGCCCAUUCUGCCCUUUGCACAAGCCCAAGAAUCUGCCAAAAGGCCAGGCAGACAGGCAUGUUACUGUUCUGUUUUAAUAGCUAAAGCUAGCGAGCUAUGAAGUGAGCUUUGAAUGGAAUUACCUGGCCUCUGUCUUCACUUCCCACCAGAACAGCCCAGACUUUUAAGGCUAGUUUACUGGCUUUAUGAGCCAGGGUAAAAGCAGCUUAGCCAUGAACCAGAGGUCCCCAACUAUGGACUGGGGCUGCAGAUCUGGGAGGGUAACACCGCAUUUGAGAAAGUUACAACUAAAAAGAAGUUGGAUGCUGCAAAAGUAAAACCAGAAUUAGCAUUGGUGUGGCUUUUGAACCACAGCGACAACUGAGAGAAUAAAAGGGGCAGAAAAGUGACGCCAUGGUGGGCAUAUUUCUGCUGGACAGGUAAUAAUCGGUUUUGUUUGUUUUGGGGGGGAUUUGUCAUUUUCCUGAAAUCUGUAA